AUGGAUGAUGCAAGAUCGGAGUUUCUGGCACCGACGAUGUUUCCAGCAGUGAAAUCUAGGAGAGGAGGAAGGUUGAGAUUGAUAUUGCUGGUGAGGGUAGACAGCAAUAAUGUCCAUGUGUAUUCAUUAAGAAGUGAUUCUUGGAAAGUGGUUCAGGGUUUUCCUUACAGUGGUGGCUUUAGUAAACCUCUUUCGAGUUUGGGGACACUAUUAAAUGGAGCUAUUCAUUGGGUUUGUCUAAAUAAAGAUCGAAAGCAGCCGUUUAUGGUUGCUGCUUUUGAUUUGGUAGAGGAGAAAUUCCGAGAGGUUCCUAGUCCUGCUCCUCCCACCUAUAGCAUCCUUGAGCUGAUUGAAGGAUGCCUUUGUAUUAGAAAAUGCCCGAGUAAUGAAUUUUGGAUAAUGAAGCAGUCAUGGACUAAAUUUGGGAUUAACAUUCCGUUUUAUCAUGAUAUCGAUCUGUUGUCUUUGUUGAAAAAUGAUGAAGUUCUGAUACUGAAAAACUCUGAGAAGUUAGUUUUAUACAACACAAGAGAGAGAACACACAGGGAUCUUAGAUUUCAUGACAUCCGGCAUGGGCUUAUACUUCUUCUUAACCUACAAAUCUUUGUGGAGAGCCUCAUAUCGCCAUCAUUGAAGUGUGAGCCAGAGCCAAUAUGGUUGACAAAUGAAAUUUUGGAUGAAGGAUCCUUUGUAGGAGGUUGUCGCUUCCAUGGUUCUCCAAUAGCUGCAUUUUUCACUUGA